GGGUGGACAUAGAGCCUCAGGAAUCCGUGGCCCUGAGCAGGCGGAGCUGGUUCCAAACCAGGAGGCCGGAGUGGUCAAGGCCCAAGGCCACGCAGUUGGUACGGGGGAGCUGGCGUUUCAGUGUCCCCGGCGCCUGUCCUUGGGCUUUGCAUCAUUUCCAGAGCAUUGAACCCCUUCUCGUGAACAUUAACUUGCUUCUUGGCUAUUAGGCCGAAUCCACUGUGGCUGCCGCCAAGCCGGGGACAGUCCACACGGAGUCCCUGUUGGUUUCAAAUGGUCUGGUCGUGACUGCGGGGACCGGCGGCUGUUUCGGGGCAGAGGAGCAGCCUCCACAGCCGGCUGGCCUCCCACACAGGAGCGAAGGGGAGACGCGCCUGGCCUCCCCCUCCCCACCCAAGUCAAGCUGUCCUUUCUCUCGGGUUCCAGAAGCUGGACUGCCUCUGACGAGAGCAGCGGCUGGUCCCUGCAGAGCAGCCAGCCGCCCCCUGCCUCGGCUCUGGCGCGGCGCUGCUUCCUGCCGGCCCGGCUGCAGCGACGACGUCCGGCAGAAGCGCCUGAGCCGAGUUCUGAAGUCGCCGCUGCCGCGGCCCUCUGGCGCCUCCGCCCAAGAUGCUGCCCGAGUCGGGGCAGGCCCUCCUGCACGUGGCCGUGGCCGCCAGCUUCUGCGUGGCCGCCAUCCGCGCGGGCGUCUUCGCGGGCGUCUCCGUUCAGGUGGGCUACGAGCACUACGCCGAGGCCCCGGUGCCCGGCCUCCCCGCCGGCCUGGCCAUGCCCUUCAACUCGCUCGUUAACUUGGCCUACGUGCUCCUGGGCCUGUACUGGUUCUGGAGAAGUGCUGGCGGCCCAGGGAGCCCCGCAGAGCCGCCGCGGCUGCGAUACCUGAAGAACGUGUUUGCCGUCAUGGCCCUGCUCUACGGCCCGGUGCAGUGGCUGCGCAUCGGUACACAGGCCCGCCCCGCCGCCCUGCUGGACCAGUGGGUCACCCUGCCCAUCUUCGCAUGGCCGGUGGUCUGGUGCCUCUACCUAGACCGGGGCUGGCGGCCCUGCCUGUUCCUCGCCAUCGAGGCCCUGUCCCUGAGCAGCUACGGCCUGGCUCUGCUGCACCCCCGUGGGUUCGAGGUGGCGCUGGGCGCACACAUCGCCGCCGCCGUGGGCCAGGCCCUGCAUGCCCAUGGGCGCCGAGGCAGCGCCUCCUCGGGCACCUACCUGGCUCUGGCCAUGCUCUGCUGCCUGGGCUUCGUGGGCCUCAAGCUGUGCGACCACGAGCUCGCUCAGUGGCGCCUCUUCCGGCGGCUCACGGGCCACUUCUGGUCCAAAGUCUGUGAUGUGCUGCAGUUCCACUUUGCAUUCUUGUUUCUGACAAGUUUACGUGCCCUCCCGAGCCCCCCCGCCUCCCAGGGGAAGGCGCAGUAGAGUGUGCGGCGGCAUGGGAGGGACCUGGUGACCUGUCACCAGCGCUCCGUCUCCUGGGGGAUGAGGUGGGGUCCACGGAAGACGGCUCUCUCCUCCGAGGUUGCAGGCUUCACGCUGGGGGGCGGGUGUCACGCGCUCUACGGCCCAUCUUGGGGCUUUCUGUAAUUUGAAAUUUCUCAAAAUAAAAUACUGCGGGGACAUGACCUCAGAAACCCAUCGCAGUUGCUGUCGGACACCAAGUGGCUGGCCACGGCCCCUUCGGGAUACCGGUGAUGGGUGUGGGCUGGUGACGGCCGGACUGCACAGUGGCAUUCCCGGGAUCCUGGGGUGCAGGGAGACAGGCACGGCACCUGCGGUGAUGGCUGUGGCCGCCACACCCCUCAGUCCUGCGUGCGGGAGGAGGGCAGCUGCCAGACAUUGCGCUCCCAGGAGGUCGCUGUGGCUUGGACGUCCUUAGUGGUGGAGACCGAAGUCCCACGAGUCUGUCACCCCGGGUCCUGAGGCACCAUGACCCCGCAGCUGUCACACAGGUGACAGGGUUUAACCAGCGCGGGGUGACGCUGGGGCUGAGGAAACAGGAUUGUGCCUUUGGGGUGCUCCAGGCCCCAGAAGGCCACCCCCUCUGUCUCCCUUCUCCCCAUUUGUGUUUCCGGUUUCACCCCCUGUGCCUGAGAUGCACCUGGUCUUUAAAAACCAAGGUGAAGGCAGAGGAGGGAGACCAACUAGAGUCUCAGAACCGGCCCCCACACCUGCUCCAUUCCCCCAGAGCCCCCUCUUCUGGGAGCUCCUGGGUUGGCAUGCCAACCAUUGCUAUGACUACCAAGAAACUUGAAACUGGGUGCCCGCUCCAGCCAUUGUGCCCCAACUGGGCACGUGUCAAGUGGGUGGCGAGUCUUGGGAAAACCGAGGGCGGCCCCUCCACCAGCAGGGCUCCUGCACCCCUGGCCUGGGUGCGUGCGAGCGCGGCACUGGCCGGAACCGCUCAUUCCCUGCGGUGUUAUCUCUGGGUCCUUGAUGUGCCAGGAGCUGCCAGUGUCUUCAGAGAGGAGACUGGAGGGGGUCAGGGUGUACUUCCUUGGGGGCGUAAUUAGAGAUGGUGGAAGUGCAGGGGCCGAUAGGACGAGGCUCUUCAUCUGGCAUCUGGGCCCCCCCCCCUUGGGUCUUGCUGGCUCUCCCUCAUGGACAGGAGAGGGCUUGUUUGCCGAUGACCCUGACAACGCCCUGCCUUCCAUUCUGCUCCUGGGUCCGCCUGAGGCCUGCAUAUUACGGGUACUCAGAUGACUGGGGUUCAGGGUGAACUGCACACACGGGGGCUUUUACCACCUUAAGGCCUGGGGAGACCCUGAGCCAAGCGCACCCCACCCAUAGGGGAGACCAGGGUGGACGGGAUGCCUUGGGCCGGGCAGCAGCCCCCAAAGACCAGCUCCACUGUCCCCUCCUGCCCUACUCUGUGCAGAUGAGACACAGGACAUCGGAGAGUGCGCGUUCCCGUGAGGGGCCCACGCCAAGGGCUUCCCUCAUCUGAAAUUCGAGACCCAAGAGGGGCCCAGAUACCAGAUGAAGAGCCUCGUUCUAUGGGCCCCUGCCCUCCCACCAUCUCUGGGCAUCCUGUCUGUUUGCUCAGUCAGGGCAGCCCUAGCAGGCCCAACCACAGGCAGACGCCUAGAACCUUCUCCCCGCCUCUGUUCCUCCAGGUGCUACCCUUUCCGCCUUUCACUCUGAGCCCCUGGGGUUGGAGACUGGAAGAAGGGGGCUGUGCCCUUCCGCCCACUGGCAUGCCGGGCCCCUGCAGACUUCUUGCCCCUUCAUGUCGGCUUGCCCCGUCUUGCUCUCCCCCAGCUGCAUCUUACCCGGACAGCCCAGAAACCCGCUGUCACUGGUGAGCUCCUCUGUGUGACCUCAUGCUUUAUGGCUGUCGAAGCCAGGCAGGACUUUGACACCAUCUGCGCCAACCCCUCAUGGCACAGAAACAGGCCCUAGAAGUUGGACUGGGCUGUGGGUUGCAGCACUGAGUGUCAAGCCCAGCAUUGCCUCCUGGCCACAGCGCUCCCGCUGUGUCCUACGCUCCUCCCGGAAGAGGUCACACGGCGUUGCCACCUGGCCUUGUCCUGCCUUUGCCAGCCCUGGCGCGGGAUUUGUCCCCAGUGAAAAUAGCUGUGUUGCUUUUGCUCACGGGGUGGCAGUCCUGAGAGGCCGUGAGAAUCCCAGGGGAACCUGAGCACCCGCAGGGCCUGUGCCCUACCCCCUCGGCAGCAGUGACUUCCAGGGGCUUGCACGGCCGCCCAUCCUGUCCUGGAGUGGCUGGCCUUGAGCCUUUGAGCCUUUGGUCGAAGGGCAGGGGUUGUGUUUUUCAUCACCACGCGACAGCGUCCACCUGUCAGCGCUGUCUCCCGUCGUGCGCUGUGAGACGGGCGAAACGUGAUCUCGUCGCGACUCCGAUCGCGCCCUGUCCGCAGGUGCACAUGGUGCACGCACAUGUGCAAGUUGGCCUGUGUGUACGUUUGGAUUUGUUCUUCUGUCAGUUACUUGUGUUCAUCCUUCCCUCACGUUGGAACUGUCUCUCGACUUCCAGGGACCCUUUCUGUGGUAUAAACAGUCUCUGGCUGGUCUGGCUUUGGGCUGGCAGCCACUGCAAGUGACAUGGAGGCACAGUGACGUGGCCACGUCGCUUUUUCUUCAGCGCUUUUGGGCUCUGUUCUUGCUUACGACAGUCUUCCGGGUGCCUCAGUUAGACUUGUCAGCACCUCAGCUUCGUCAAAUCUUAACAUCUGUAGCCACUUCGGGUCAUUUGCCUCAUAAGCUUAAUUGCAAAGUAAUCAUUGCUAUUAAGAAGUGAAAGCUGGGCUUCCCUGGUGGCGCAAGGCGGUAAGCACAGCACUGGGAAGCAAUCUGCAGCCUCUGCAGCACGAGUUCGAUCCCCGGCCGGCCAGGGAGUAACCCACACGGUGCAGCAGACCUCUCCUGUCUCCCCGCUGCUCCCCUCAGCAGUGGAUUUCAGUCCGUCUGCCUGUUCUGUUCCCCGCUCUGUCUCUGGUGAAUCCUCUCACCACCCACCUCCACACCCCUGGCCUGCACCCCAGUUCUUGUGUGCAUAAAUAAAUCUUUAAAAAAAAAAAAAAGAAGUGAAAGCUGGGCCUUCUCGGCAGUGUGCAGUCAGCGUUCUUCAUCCCUGUGCUGGAGGGGACACACUGGGACCCCGGGGAGCUGCCCCUUUGCGGCGGGCACUUGAAGCCUUUCCCUCACCCCUGAAGAUGUCUCGGAGCAGCAGCUUGGGGGCCUGGGGCCGCCGCGAGGCCCUCGCUCCUCGCUAACACAAGCCCUCACCAUCAAGGGUCCUGGACCCAGGGCCUCUGCCCAGGGCUGGGGACAGG